AUGGAGGGAGACGUUAUGGACAAGCUCGAGGACAUGUCAUCGGUGUACGACUUCGACCCGAUCACCGGCAACAUCCCCGCCACCAAAGUAGAAAUCACCGUCUCCUGCAGAAAUCUGCUGGAUAAAGACACAUUUUCCAAGUCAGAUCCAUUAUGCGUGCUCUAUACGCAAGGUGUCGAAACCAAACAGUGGAGAGAGUUUGGUAGAACGGAGGUGAUAGACAACACCCUAAACCCCGACUUUGUCCGAAAGUACAUCUUGGACUACUUUUUUGAGGAGAAGCAGAACCUUCGCUUUGACCUGUACGAUGUCGACUCCAAAAGCCCAGACCUGUCUAAACAUCCCGCAGAACUCAACGACUUCUUGGGUCAGACAUUCUGCACUCUCGGGGAGAUUGUUGGAUCACCAGCCAGUCGACUGGAGAAACCACUGGGAGGGAUCCCAGGGAAGAAAUGUGGCACCAUCGUCUUGUCUGCAGAGGAGCUGAGCAAUUGUCGAGACAGCGCCACUAUGCAGUUCUGUGCCAACAAAUUGGACAAGAAGGACUUCUUUGGCAAGUCGGACCCUUUCAUGGUCUUCUACAGAAGCAACGAGGAUGGAACGUUUACUAUCUGCCAUAAAACAGAGGUGGUGAAGAACACGUUGAACCCGGUGUGGCAGCCUUUCACUAUCCCCGUGCGGGCGCUCUGCAAUGGAGACUACGACCGAACAAUCAAGGUGGAGGUGUAUGACUGGGACAGGGACGGCAGCCAUGACUUCAUUGGGGACUUUACGACCAGCUACCGAGAGCUAGCUCGAGGGCAGAGCCAGUUCAAUGUGUACGAGGUGAUUAAUACCAAGAAGAAAAUGAAGAAAAAGAAAUAUGUCAAUUCUGGAACAGUGACCUUGCUCUCGUUCUCAGUGGAGUCAGAGUUCACAUUCUUAGAUUACAUCAAAGGAGGGACGCAGAUCAAUUUCACUGUGGCCAUCGAUUUCACAGCAUCUAAUGGUAACCCCUCUCAGUCCACCUCACUGCACUACAUGAACCCCUACCAGCUGAACGCCUACGCCAUGGCCCUGAAGGCUGUUGGGGAGAUCAUUCAGGACUACGACAGCGACAAGAUGUUCCCCGCUCUGGGCUUCGGAGCCAAGCUGCCCCCUGAUGGACGGGUGUCACAUGAGUUUCCACUGAAUGGAAACAUGGAAAAUCCAUACUGCAAUGGCAUUGAGGGAAUCUUAGAGGCGUACCACCAGAGUCUGAGGACAGUGCAGCUGUAUGGGCCAACUAACUUCGCUCCUGUGGUGAACCAUGUUGCCAGGUAUGCAGCAGCAGUGCAGGACGGCUCCCAGUACUUUGUGCUCCUCAUCAUCACAGACGGUGUCAUCUCUGACAUGGCCCAGACCAAAGAGGCCAUUGUAAAUGGUGCCAAGCUUCCCAUGUCCAUCAUCAUAGUUGGAGUGGGCCAGGCUGAGUUUGACGCUAUGGUCGAGCUGGAUGGUGAUGACAUCAGGAUCUCUUCUCGGGGGAAACUGGCAGAGAGAGACAUUGUUCAGUUUGUUCCCUUCAGAGAUUAUAUGGACCGGACAGGCAACCACGUGCUGAGCAUGGCGCGGCUCGCUAAAGACGUGUUAGCAGAGAUCCCCGACCAGUUCAUCUCUUACAUGAAGAGCCGGGGGAUCAAACCCAACCCGGCGCCGCCUCCCUACACGCCGCCCGGACACACACACCACCACACGCAGAUCUGA